UCCGCGUGCGUCUCUCGUGCUGUGGAUCGUCAGUCUCGCGCUCGGCGCGUGUAGAGAAACAGCAGCGCCGCGCGCGUCCUCGAGGAGGGAUGUGAUUGCCUCCUGCUCUUCUUCAGGAGGAAACGACGCUUCGGGACAGUAGGAGAACCGAACCGAACCGAACCGGACCGAUCGGAACAGUGUCAGUGCGCGCGCGACACACGCCGAACGCGGAGCGAUGGAUUCGUCAGCGCGGCGCUCGCGAGGAAACACAGAUGCGCUGUGGACCGCUGGCGUUCCCUCGUCCUUGAGCUCUUGAGAAACUCCUUCAACACCAACCCUCCACCGACUGCCGUUCUUCCUCUCGAUCUCUUCUCACGCUCUCCAUGGCUAAUCUUCUGAGCUAUGUUUUGUUCCUGGCGCUCCGGACGUUUGCUGCUCCACCAGAGUGGCCCGGCGGAUCGACGUCAGACCCAAGAGAUUCGGGCAACGAUACGGUCGUCCCUUCUUUAGUUCCCCCUCCAGGAACAAGCAAACACGCUCCUCACAGCAUCAUCAUCGGCGUGCGGAAAGGAGGCACCAGAGCAUUGCUAGAAAUGCUGGAUAUCCAUCCCGGAGUGGCGGCGGCCGCGACUGAAGUUCACUUCUUCGACUGGGACGAGAACUACGCCAAAGGCUUCGAAUGGUACCAGGACCAAAUGCCCUAUUCGUACCCAAAUCAGAUCACCGUUGAAAAGACGCCGGGGUACUUCACGUCUCCGGUGGCUCCUGCACGGAUUCAUGCUAUGAACUCUUCCAUCAGACUCUUGCUGAUCUUGAGAGACCCGACGGAGAGAGUCAUAUCGGACUAUACACAAGUCUACUUCAACCGCUUGGAGAACCACAAACCCGUUCAGGCCAUCGAGAACAUGCUAGUCAAGAACGGCGCGCUAAACACACGCUACAAAGCCAUCCAGCGCAGUCUUUACGACGUCCACAUGAGGAACUGGCUUCAGCACUUUCCUCUGGAGCAGAUCCACAUUGUUGACGGGGAUACGCUGAUCCACGAUCCCUUACCGGAGCUCCAGCGAGUCGAACGCUUCUUGGAUCUACCGCCUCGGAUUAUGGCGUCCAACUUCUAUUUUAACCAGACCAAAGGCUUCUACUGCAUUCGCAGCGAUGGCCAGGAGAGAUGCCUGCACGAGUCCAAAGGACGUCCGCAUCCGCCGGUUAACAGCACUGUGUUGCGACAGUUGCGUUUGUACUUGCGCCAACACAAUCGGAACUUCUACCGACUUAUAGGACGUACCUUUAACUGGCAGUAGUGGGAGGGGCUGGAAUCAGCCAAUCACAGCCCAGCUGAGGGACUGAUUGACAGCUGACGGGCCAUAGAAACCACUCCCCCUUGGACACGUCUCUUAAAUGCCUUCCAGCUGCUUUUAUAGGGAUAGUUUUCCCAAAAAUUCAAAUUCACUGUCAAGGCUAUACAAGUAGGUUAGUCUUUUCUUCAGAAGAGAGUAAAGAAGAUUUUUUUUUUGCUGAGAACGUGGUUCUUGGUGAUGCAUAACAUGCAUGUCAAUGGCUAACAGCAUUUAAAGAGUUAAAAAAGUACAUUAAAUUAAUCCCAGUGGAUCCUGACGAUAUACUGAGAUCUUAUGAAGCGAAAUGAUCGGUUUGUGCAAGAAACUGAACAUUAUUUACAACAUAAUUACCUGUAAUCCUGAGCCUCAGGCAAAUUGGGAAAUCUGAUUCUUUUCUUUGAACUGAUUCUUUUGGACAGAUUGUUUCAAUGAACUGGUCCGAUUUACUAGUUUUUUUACUCAAUCAUGCAUUGACAUAAAAUAUAUGCAUUUAUAUUAUUAAAGCACCCAAUAACGAUGUGAAAUGUGGACGGAUGCGCAUAUGAGCGGCUCAUUGGUGUUCGUUUCCGAGUCGAACUCUUUCCUCAGCGUUGAAUGAUUCAUUCAUCAUAGGAUCAGAUACGCCUCUAUUUUGCCUCAUUUCAAGUGUUGAGUGAAUGUCAGGCAUCUGAAAGUGAGUUUUGACUGAGUAACUUGUAGAUCUGUACUGUGUCAUACACUUAAGUCUGAUUUGAUGAAUUGAAUCAACUAGUACGCUAAAAAGAACCAGUUCAAAAUAAUGAUUCAUUUGUGAAACAGACUCCGAAUUGUUUGCCCGAGGCUCUGGAUUACAGGUAAAAAUGUUGUAAAUAAUGUUCAGUUUCUUGCACAGAAUGAUUGUUUCGCUUCAUAAGACCUCAAUAUAUCUUCAGGAGCCACUGGGAUUUAUUUAAUGUUGCCUGUAUGUACUUUUUUGACUCUCAAAGUGAAUGAAAAGUGCAUUUUGUGAAUCACAGAGGACCAUGUUUUCGGCUAAAAAUCUUCUCGUUCCACUGAAGAAAAAAGCUCUUGAAUGUCCUGAAGGAGAGUAAUUUAACAGAACAUUUUCAUUUUUUGGGUGAACUGUCCCUUUAAGAUUUCAGAAUGAUCAUGCACUCAAUCUGAAAUUGUAAGGAAUAAGAUAUUAAAACUGUUCUGUGGGGGAAUAUCUUUGCUGUCAAGUGUCUUUGUCUUAACAAAGUUACCCGAGACACGUACGAGUCUUUUUCUCUCUCUUUCUUUCUCUCUGUUGGUUUGAUAUUCUUGUACUUGAUAAUAAAUGGUUCUGCUUCUGAAAUGGGA